GAGGCACCGGGAAAAGGGGAGAGAGUUCAUUGGAUCAAACAUGUCACAAGAGACGGACAAUAACAAGCGACUUGUGGCCUUAGUGCCAAAUGACACUUCAUUCAACACCAGACGAGCCUACACCAGUGAAGAUGAAGCCUGGAAGUCGUAUUUGGAGAAUCCCCUAACAGCAGCUACCAAGGCUAUGAUGAGCAUAAAUGGUGAUGAGGACAGUGCUGCUGCUCUUGGCCUAUUGUAUGACUAUUAUAAAGUUCCCAGAGAUAAAAGGCUGUUAUCUGUUAACAAAGUGAGUGAUAAUCAAGAAGACCAAGAUAAAAGAAAUUGUCUUAAUACSACGGAAGCUCAGAGUAACUUAAGUGGGGGAGAGAACCGUGUGCAAGUCCUGAAGACAGUGCCAGUUAAUCUUUCCUUGAACCAAGAUCCUUUGGAAUCGUCCAAAAGGGAAUACAACACAAGUGUGUCUGGGACUUCAACACCUAUCACAGGGACAGGAGUGACUGUGGUUAAAGCAGAGGAAUUCACCCCUGUUUUUAUGACGCCACAAACACAUUACACAAGAGGAGAAAAYGAGGAGCACCGAGGAGUUAUCUUUGAACCAUAUGAAGUGUCCAACAUUGCUCCCCACACAAAUUAUCUCAAAGAUGAUCAGCGCAGUACUCCUGACAGUACCUACAGUGACACCUUCAAAGAUGGAGGAACAGAAAAGUAUCGGAGUGUGUCAGUGGGGGCUGAAGAAUAUAUUUAUGAACAAACAAGCAGCACUUUUCAGUAUACGCUAGAAGCAACCAAGUCUCUGCGUCAAAAGCAAGGGGAAGGACCCAUGACCUACUUGAACAAAGGACAGUUCUACGCCAUCACCCUGAGUGAGACGGGUGACAACAAAUGUUUCCGGCAUCCCAUCAGCAAAGUCAGGAGUGUGGUCAUGGUUGUUUUCAGUGAGGAUAAAAACAGAGAUGAACAGCUGAAAUAUUGGAAGUACUGGCAUUCCCGGCAGCACACAGCUAAACAGAGAGUCCUUGACAUUGCUGAUUAUAAGGAGAGUUUCAAUACCAUUGGGAAUAUUGAAGAAAUUGCAUUCAAUGCUGUGUCCUUUACUUGGGAUGUCAAUGAGGAGGCAAAGAUUUUCAUCACUGUGAAUUGCCUGAGUACAGACUUCUCCUCUCAAAAAGGAGUAAAAGGGCUUCCUUUGAUGAUUCAGAUCGAUACGUACAGCUACAACAACCGCAGCAAUAAACCUAUCCACCGAGCCUACUGCCAGAUCAAGGUUUUUUGUGACAAGGGAGCAGAAAGGAAAAUCCGAGAUGAAGAGAGAAAGCAGAACAGGAAGAAAGGCAAAGGCCAGGCAUCCCAAGCCUCAUGUAAUAACGCAGCUGAAGGCAAGCUGAGUGCACUCCCUCUGCAGAAAAAGAGUGAUAUCACCUUCUUCAAAACAAUGGCUGACCUGGAUUCCCAGCCAGUUCUCUUCAUACCGGAUGUUCAUUUUGGAAACCUCCAAAGAACUGGACAGGUUUACUAUAACACAGAUGACGAGAGAGAAGGCAGCAGUGUCCUGGUCAAAAGGAUGUUCCGGCCUGUGGAGGAAGAGUUUGGUCCCUCCCCUUUGAAACAAAUCAAAGAAGAAGGUCUGAAAAGAGUGCUUUUGUAUGUGAGGAAGGAGACAGAUGAGGUAUUUGAUGCUUUGAUGCUGAAAUCACCCACAGUAAAGGGGCUAAUGGAAGCWAUCUCUGAGAAAUAUGGGCUACCAGUUGAAAAGAUUGCAAAACUUUAUAAGAAAAGCAAAAAGGGCAUCCUGGUAAACAUGGAUGACAACAUUAUUGAGCACUACUCCAAUGAGGACACGUUCAUCCUGCACAUGGAGAGCAUGGUUGAAGGCUUCAAGAUCACACUGACAGAGAUCUAGCCUCAGGCAGAGCCUUUUUGUAAGGAACCACAGCAUUUCAUCCUUCUUGGAAAGCAGAAGAUUCCCCGUGAACUUGACAGACAUUGAUCAGAGAAACUGUUACAAGACUGCAUUGAAAAUUCUGUCCAUUCUGCACAUGUGUACCCACUGCAUAUAGACUUGGGUUUGUCUCUGCACAUGUGUACCCACUGCAUAUAGACUUGGGUUUGUCAAGCACAAGGCCACUCACAUUAACCUGGUCCCUUAUUUAUUGUUCCCCACUCUCCAAUGUACAAGCAGUUACCAGCCCCCCGAUUUGUAACCARAUGACCCACUGCAAAUGUGAAAUGCAGCAUUUUAAUCCAUACUUCAGUGUGGAUAAGCUCAUUCUAAAACAUAUUAAGUAACUSUGCUGGUCUAGUUUCAGAAAUCUGGUAUAAAUCACUUCACCAGUAGUUGUCUCCAUCAUUGCUAAAAAUCUGUUGCAGUGCUAAAGAUGGGGAAAGUGGCUGACAGUUCCCUUGCUCAGACUGAUCCAUAUCUCUCUAUACUGUAUAGUCUUGCCAAAUACCUCUGGUAGUUCUCAGCAUGUAGCAAUGAGGACUUGUAAGUAAAGCAUUCAGCUACAAAUGUCACUUGUAAGUAAAUGGUAAAGAAACCAUUUUAACUUUGUAUAUAAUGUUUAUAAUAUGCAAUAAUAUAUUUUAACUACUGUAUGUGGGCAUGUUUACUGCCACUAUGUUUUUGUAUGUAUUUGGUUUAGAGCUUAAUAGAAUCUUACCUAGAGGAUUAAAUUGCUGCAAUCUGUUAAGAAGUGUGUACUGAGAAGCUGAUAACGGAAUCAUAUGCUCCAUCCUUGCUCACAGUUAUAUACUGAAAUAUUAGAGCAGACUCUGCUACUGGGUCUUGGAUGUUCUGGCACAGUGGGGCCCACCUUAGGUGCCCAAGUCCAGCCGUAGGUACCUGAGUCUCCCACUCAGCUGUAACAAAAUCCGAGAGACACCAUGUGUCUGCUGCCUGGUUUGCCUAGAGGUACGGAAGGGAUUUCUUCCUGGUCUUCUUCCUUUGAUGAAGUGGAGGCUUCUAAAGUGGCCUUUYCCCAAGCCUGUGGGGAGAAAGGUUCUUUCCAAAGCAGCCUACACAAAGCAUUCCUCUAGACUGUAAGAAACAAUCUUUUCCUCCUAAGUAUACUUGCUCUUGUUUCUCCAUUGAAUGAUUCUAUUGUGAUUCCUAAGACACUUGGGUGAUUUACAAACCUGGGCUUGAUGUAAAUAUUUUAUCAAAACUGGAAUAAUUUUUCCAAUGGAGAUUGAGUAUUCCACGACUUAGGCGUGGAGAUAGGUCUCUAUCUCAAGGGCUGCAUCUGAACCCAAGUUGAACUACAUGGUUAUUCCUUCAAAUUCCACCUGUCUUAUGAAUUCUGUGAAGAGACAAAGUUGUGAAGGCUAAAAUCAUACCAGGAAGGRGGUUUAAGGCCUGAAUGUCCCUAUGACACCUAAACUCAGCACCUGUCUCUCUCCCCUCCAGCUCCUCCGGCCAUUGUAAAGAGCUCCUCACUCAGCAAACAAUUCCAUGAGUUUCAGCUGCAUUUUAUUCUCUAUGCACUGGCAUAUAAGAGGCUCCUUUAGUCACACAGUCUUCAUGAUUAGGUGGCUAAUGGCAAAAAGAAACAGUUUAGGGCCUAGUUUAACAGGGCUCCCUGUAGUGUUUUGUGCUGUGUGGAGCUAUUUACAUUCAAGCAAAGUAGCUGGGCUAACUGACCAGUCUGAUUUGGCCAUGUCUGCAUGAAUUGUCCUGCAAGCUCUUGCACACUUUCUUAACUUCAUUAGCAGUAACAUCCUAUUAAAAUCUCUACUUCUAACAGAAAUGUUAGGUACAUGUUAAGGUUUCUAUGGGACCAGAAACUAUAAAUGUUCAGGCUGGUAGCAUCAGGGCUAACAUACACAGAGUCCACAUAUGCCUGUAAAGUGAAGUGUGUAUUCUGUCCUUCUCCUGCACUUUUUGUUUGUCAUGCACUCUUUCCUCUGCUCUGAUGCAGAGUUCUGUAGUAAUUUCCUUAACUUUAUAUAAAAAUGCACUCCAGGAAAGAUACCCUUGCUACCCUGCUCAAAAGCAGACAUUCUGGGAAUACAAGAGAUUUGUGAUGAUUUUUAGUUUGUUUCUACUUGGCUCAGACUGAGAUAAAACGUUAUGACUUAUUCCAGAUACUUUUUCCUAAAGGAAAAAGGAGGACAGUUUGGACAGGUAGCAUUAGGAACUGGGACCAGCACACAGGAUGGUGAGCAAUACUGUUAGUUCUUGUAUUUCCCUGUUGRUAUUUGGAAUCCUCAGAAUAACAGCUGGGGUCUUGCAGUCGGUCAAGAUGUCUGGGCAGAAGCUGCAGGUGAAACAUAGGAGUAAAUGUAUACAGGAGUUGAGCCCUGGUUCUGUCCCCAGCAAAGCUGCUGUCCAAGGGAAUGCCUGUGGUGCCUGGGACUGGCCUGGGYUGGAAUGKGCUGUUAUAAGAAAGRACAGUGAGAAUUUAGGGAUCACAGRGAAGGACGGACUGUCCUGGCAGCACCAGCACUCAGGRUAAGGGAACAUUUUUGUCUUACACUUGAUGGGACAUGAGUUGGCAUCUGUUGGGUGCUGCAGCAUCCUGUGAUGAGGAGCAGUGUAGGAUCAGUGAGAAAAGCAAUGCUCAGGAAUACUGGGGCUUAAGGAGCUCUCUUUCCAUUGUCAUUUUAAGAGCUUGCAGUCAGUUGUUGUCCAGAGAAGGAAGAUUGCUUCCAAGAUUAACUGAAAGCUAUUCUAAAUACAUCUUAAAGUGUGUGAAUUCCUGAUAGUAGAAAGCUCAUACUCCUGCCUUCAGUUCCUUCUUACAGUCUGAAUGAAAUUAUCAGGAAGACAACUAGAUUGGUGGUAAGAUUAUUUUAAAACAACUAGAGCUGGGUAGGAUGGUUGCCCUUAAUUUAUCUGCCAGGGUCUGAGGGCUUUGUUUCUCUGCUCCAGAUGCAGGUGCAUCACAAGCACUGUGACAUUAGAAAGUGUAUCCACACUGCAAGCUUUCAGUUUUAGUUAUAGCAUCAGCUGCUGGAGGAGCACUGGGCCUUGGAUGCUGGUUGUGGCAAGAUACAAGCUCUCAGGGUUCACCUUGUUGGUCAGAAUCAGCCCAUCAGAGUGGUGGGAAAGGGACACUGAGUAAUGCAAACUGCUCAAGCAGUGGCUGCCUUGUGCCCUGCUUGACUCAAAUGCCCUGAGGAGYACAGAGUGCUUUCAUGUAUAUUGUUUAAAAUAUAAAUGUUGCUUUGAUAAAAUAUAUUGAUUGAUGCUGGAUCUUCCAAAUAUUGUGAGUUAAAUGGAAGUAGAUUUGACUACUGUUCAGCAGGGCACAGGAAUACCUGCCUUGCCUCCUUUUAUCUCUUUGUGGCACUGCUGUGGCUGUUUAUUUUAAAGGAACAAAAUUCUCAUUUCCUUUUCUUCUUCAAGACAGCAGUCUUGAAUCUUAACUAGURCAGCCUGAAGUGUGGCUUGCUGCUGAGUGCGCUUUCCCUGUGGAGAGUUAUAGCAGUGCAGUGUCUGUAGAUGUUGUGUUUUAAAAUACUCUGAUAAAGAUAUACGAAAGGAGAACAGUCUUCUAAGUUUGGUUCCUGCAGCAGAUUUGGCACGUUGUCCGUCCAGUUGAUGUUUUAUUAUGAAACCCCAUUAAAAUCCUCAAAUUUUAGUUCUUUCUUACAGUCAGGUGUUGAUAUCCCUAAAAUAAAGUGUAUCCUCUGAGUGAAGCUAUGUGGAUGAACGGUGAUAUCCCCAUGAAGACAUUUUGGAGGAUUUCUGCCACUGAGUGUAAACUACAAAAAAAAUGUUUUCUUCAUGUGUGUCCUCUCYCACAAAGUUUUUGGUCAAUGGAAUUCAGAGGUCGAAUGUCUUCCUUAUAUAUUUUUCUCUUUCAUUCUCUCARUUGUUUAAAUGUAAAUUAAUUCAAACAAUUAGUGAAAUCUAAACUCUCUACCUGUUGGAGAUGCUGUAUAUUGAUUGAAAUGGAACUGGAAAGGAGUAUCUCAUGACUUAUAAAAUGUAAAGCUUAUUAAAUGUUUAUAUGCUCUUCCAUUUCCUAUUAACUGAGACAAGAUACAAACAAGAAUGUUUGUGCCAAAGAUCGUGACAAGCCGUCUUUCUGGCAAACAAGGAAACUUUAUGUAUAAAUAGUGUGCUUUUAUAUUAAGAAUAUAGCUCAUGUAACUUAAUAGUAUUGCAACUGGGAGAGGGGUUUGGUAAGCUGUAAAUACAGUUAUUUUAUUUUUUGUACAUUUUUAAGAAGGAAAAAAAUAAAUAUUCCUAUGUAUGAGAUACUA